GUCAAACAAAAUAAACUAAACUUACAAGUAGUUCAUUAUUUUUAGUGCCAAACAAGUGAAACAAAUAAAUUUAACGAUGGAUUCGCGUUUCUUCGAGACUAAACUGGUUAACCAUAAAAUAUUUGCUGACAUAAAAGACAGUUUAACCGAAAAUCCAAGUGGAAAGUUGUGUAAUUUGAUGGAACUUAGAGAUGAUGUUUUGUACUUGUGGAACUCUAAAGAAAACUGUUUAUUCGCAUUAAACCUGAAGCAUUUGGAAGAACAUGAUGAAGAAACGCCAUAUCAGAAACUCCACCUGUUAUCACCACCAGCAUUCCAAGUGGAACGUGUUAUCAGCAGCGCGUGCGGGAGCAGGCUGUGCGUGUGGGGUUCCCGUGGGGUGACAGUGGCCGAGCUGCCUUCAAGGUGGGGAAGGGGGGGCCUGUUCGAAUCCGGCAGCCAAACUGUACUGUGCAAGAGUCACACCCUCGACGAGCGCUUCCUGUACUCCCAAGGCGAGGUUCGAAGGGUCCACUGGCAUCCCACCUCACUGUCACAUCUAAUGGUGUUGGUUUCAGAUAAUACUAUCAGGCUGUACAACAUAGCGAUAAAAAGCGGUCCGAAACUGGUCAAGAUCCUGACCAUAGGAGCUAAGCCUUGCAGUCAACUCGCCGGCAGGACCAUCCUGGACAGUUUGGGCGAUACGGCCGUGGACUUCACGACACUACCCACGUCCGAAGACCUGCUGAUCUUGAGGGGAAACGGAGACGUCUAUAUGAUGCGGUGUGAACUGGACACUAAAAGCGGGGUCAAACCGAUCCUGAGCGGUCCACUGGCUAUGUAUCCACCGGCCGACGACAACUACGGCUCCGAGUCGUGCUCCAUCGCGGCCGUGGGCGCGCACAGCCCCGCGCUGGUGGUGGUCGCCACUUGCAGCGCCGCGCUGUACCACUGCCUGCUGCUGCCUCACACGUCGGAAAAAGAUGACAGCGACACUCACGCCCUCUACGUGGUGGAAGCUGUUGAACUGAACAUCGCUCUCAAUCCGGACCAAGACAUGGAGCAUUCCUAUCCGGUGCAUCUGUACCCGUGCACGUCGAACACGUACGCGUGCGUCCACGCCGGCGGGGUGCACUCCGUGAGCGUGCCGCUGUUGGCUCACCUCAGAGACUACGCCCUCGCCGAUGAUGAGGAAUCAGAAACGGCCCUAUCCUCCUUAUGGUCCAAAACGAGCGUAGCGCGCCACCUCGUGUGCACGGCGGGCGCGCGCGGCCGGCCGCCCGCCGCCCUCGCCGCGCUGGCCCCGCCGCUGCCCGCCGCGCUCGUGCUGUGCCCGGACGGCCGGCUGCUCUACAGAACUCUGGAACCUUACGAUCUAGAAGAGGAGCUUUACAAAGAGCUGCAACUGAAGAAUCCAGCUUUGGAAGACGAUGAUAUCGCCAGUAUCCUUAAAGAGCGUCAAAAAAUGUCGUUCACCGCCAUCAUACAGGAGAUCCUCACUCGAGACGUGUCGCAGCCGAUCCUGAACGUGAACAAAGCUGAAGAACCCAGCCCUAAGGAGUCCUUAGAGAUAGUAACUCAAGCUACGAUGAAACUCCGCGCGGAAUACAUGUCGCGGCAACAACGCGCGUGCGAUGCGUUGCACCGCAAGUUGCACGCUCUCCAGGCGCUCAUGAAACAACACCAGUCCUGGGCACAGGACUUACAGGCUGAAAUUAAUGACGCCCAUUUGCAGUCCGCCGUGUUGCAAGAGAAAUGUGCCUUGGCGGAGAAGCACCAAGACGAUAUUAAAUAUAGAUGUUCGGCGGUGAUUCGCAAAAUGCGCGGCAGUACCGCCACCAGCGCCGCUGAGAGAGAGUUGUUGGCUGAACUAACGCGGUACAAGGGCAUGGGGGAGAGGCUGAGGGAGAGGAUCAACAUGCUUCAGCUACAUGCCAGGAACAAGACUGACGAGCUGAAAAAAUGGCAGGAGGACUACAAAAGGAAAGACAUUGCGCUGGGCAAGUCUCACAGCGACACGAUUUCCUCAAUAUUGCAACAACAAACAAGCCAAAUAUCCACCCUCAUUGAAGAAACGAAGCUUCUCAAAGACCAACUCAGCAUUGUCUAGUUCAUUUUGUGAUCUCAGCAACUGAUGGUAAGCGGUUACCGUGUCAAUUUUAUACCCUUCACAAUGAUACGUAGUUCGUGACGAGGUAUAUUGUUUUGAUUAAAUUAACGUGAUUUGAUUUUGUA